UCACUUCCGUAUUGAACUCUCGCGAGAUCUAACAUGGUGGUCAACGUUGACAUUUAGAUGAAAAUUAGAUAAUUUUUGACGGAAUGGAGCUUUCUGAUACAUCUGUACAUUUAUUGAUCAAUGCAGGAAUGUCCUUUAUAGGAUUCUGCUUGUGUCUAAACAUAAUCCCGAAAUUUAAAGAUAUGUUUAUACGUGCAAAUUUGUUUGGAGUAGAUAUGAGCAAAAAAUCUAAAGUGAAAGUACCUGAAGCUGCUGGUGUGAUAUGUGGAGCAGUGUUUCUAGUGAUUAUGUUUCUGUUCAUACCAGUACCAUUUUACAAGCAUCUUGCUGAUCCAGCCAACAAAAAGUUCCCACAUCAUGAGUAUAUAGAAUACAUUGCAGCCCUGCUGUCAAUAUGCUGUAUGAUAUUCCUCGGAUUUGCGGAUGAUGUUCUCGCCCUCAAGUGGCGUCACAAACUCUGGUUACCCACCAUAGCCUCUCUUCCACUGUUGAUGGUCUACUUUGUCAACUUUAACUCAACUACAAUAAUUGUUCCACUGCCUUUCAGACCAUUCCUUGGUUAUGAUACAGACUUGGGUGUUCUGUAUUACGUAUAUAUGGGUAUGCUGGCAGUGUUCUGUACAAAUGCAAUCAACAUUUUGGCUGGUGUGAAUGGCCUAGAAGCAGGACAGAGUGUUAUCAUAGCUGCAUCAGUGCUCAUAUUUAACUUCAUAGAAAUCUCAGGUGAUUGUUCUGCAGCUCAUGUGUUUAGUACCUAUUUCAUCUUGCCUUAUACUGCAGUCAGUGCUGCUUUAUUCUACCAUAACUGGUAUCCUUCAAGUGUUUUUGUUGGUGAUACAUUUUGCUACUUUUCUGGAAUGACGUUCGCUGUGGUCGCUAUCCUUGGACAUUUCAGUAAAACCAUGCUGCUGUUUUUCAUCCCGCAAGUGGCCAACUUUAUCUACAGUGUACCACAGUUGUUUAGAUUUGUACCAUGUCCAAGACAUAGAUUACCAAAGUACAAUGCAAAGACAGAUAAAGUAGAAAUGAGUUAUUCUGUAUAUAAACAAUCGGAUUUGAAGCCUUUAGGAAAACUGUGUCUUUCAGUAUAUAAACUAUUUGGAGUUGUUCAUAUAAAAGAAAAUACAGGAGAAGAUGGCAUGUAUUCUGAAUGCAACAAUUUAACGUUGAUCAAUUUAAUGUUAAAAUUCUUCGGACCUCUUCAUGAAAGAAAGCUAGUCACUAUUUUAUUAUUAUUGCAGAUAUUAUGCAGUUGUGUGGCAUUUACUAUCAGAUAUCAAGUGGCGAAACUGUUUUACGAUGUAUAAUAACAUACUCGGCAGUAUCAAAAAGUGCAGGCAACAUUCUGUGAUGUAUACCACACUUAGAAUAAGCAUUAGAAA